AUGAAGAGGCUUUAUUUUGUGGAGCCUGUGGUGGCUCUUUAUGCCUUCUCCAGUUUUCUUAGUUACCCUUUGGUGCAGCAGUUUGUGUACCGACGACUCUGGGAACAGCUGACAAAUACGCCCUACCCCGUAUCUCAGGACAGCUCCAGUUGUGCAGGAAACAACAGCAGCAACCAUUCCAGCUUCCAUGAGGAGGUACAACGGGAUGCGUCGCUCUUCUCCCUCUACACCCAGCUCUUCACCGUAAUUCCCUCGCUUAUCGUCACUUUCUUGCUGGUCACUUACAGCGACUGGGGUGGACGUAAGAUGACCAUCAUCAUGCCACUCAUCGGCAUGUUGCUCUACACCCUGUUCUUUCUGGCCAUUUCCUUCUAUGAGCUCAACAUCUACCUGCUCAUCGCCACGUCUUUUCUCAGUUCUCUGUUUGGAGGUCCGGCAACGUUUCUCGGAGGCUGUUUUGCCUACGUCGCAGACCUGUGCAAGGACAGUCGUCAAAACAUGGUGCGCAUGGCCAGGUUGGACAUGAUGAUCGGUCUGUUGACCGGGGUGGCUGCAGUGUCAACAGGCUACUUCCUGAAAGCUGCGGGCUUUAACUGGCCCUUACUGACCUCUGCUUUAUUUCAAUGUUUGAAUUUAUCCUACGCAAUUUUUGUUCUAAAAGAGACUGUAACAAAAGCGCCGCACGGCGCUGUGCUGGUCGGAGAGAGUUCUCCGAGGAGGUCUGGGCUGAAACGGAUGAUCUUCGGAGUUUAUGAGAUGUUUAAAAAUACCAGGGGCAAGAGUAGAGUGGUUCUGAUCCUCCUGAUACUGAUCUUCACCAGCUACAACAUGGCUUACGCGGGUGGGAUGUCCUUGAUGACUCUGUUUGAACUCAACGAACCACUGUGCUGGACUGAGAUUCUGAUUGGUUAUGGCUCAGCCUUGUCCACCACGGUGUUCCUGGUCAGUUUUGGAGGAGUGUUUCUAUUCACCUACUGUAGAAUGCCUCCGCUGUACAUAGUCCUGAUUGGGAUCCUGUCUGCGGUAAUCAGCAUGGUCCUGAUUGCGUUCACUAAAACCACUCUGAUGAUGUUUUUAGUACAUGUACCCUUGUUUUUGUCCAUCAUGCCUUUUCCUGUCUUGCGCGCGAUGAUGUCAAAGAUCAUCCCCGGAACUGAGCAGGGAGCCCUGUUUGCUUCUCUCUCCUGUUUGGACUCGUUAACUUUCAGUGUGUCCAGUACAAUCUUCAACAGUGUGUAUGCUGCCACCGUGGGCUGGUUCUCUGGGUUCUCCUUCCUGCUGUCUGCAGGGCUCUGUGCCAUCCCGCUCUUUAUCCUGGGAGUGGUGGGUGUGAUCGGGGUAGAUGUUCUUAAAGAGGAGGGGCAACCUGUGGCCAGUCUAGAGGAUGAGAAUGAAAACAGUCCCGUUCCCAACUGA